GAGUGUUUCCUCGCGCUGAGGAGACGACUGGCGGAAGCCUCGAGAGCCGCGAGCGGAAUCCCGGGCUUCAGCUGGCAGCGUGACGUCACGACUCGGCAGUGCACGCGGCGGCAGCGGCGGCGAGUAGUAGCCCGACUUUCCGAGCGACUGAGGAAAAUGUGAGGAGAACUGCACAAUUUCUUUUCGGGGAGGAAGAGAACGAAAACCGCCCCCCGACUGACUGGCUGAGUGCACCGGCAGGAGGAUGCUGCGCAGAGCCGCUCGACUGAACGGAGGAGCUGAAGAUGAGAACGGCGAUUCCGGAGCGGAGACCGCCGGAUCUGACUGCAGUAAAAUGUCCUCGACAAGCAGUGACGUGACAGCCUCCACAGCCAGAGAAUCCCUGCUGAUGACCAUGCAUCUGCUGGCCAACCCAGGUGACUCUCUCCUGCUUCAGCUUACCGUGGACAGGCUGCUCAAGUGGGUGUGUCCCGGCCUGCGCUUCUUCCACGUGUCUGAGCGUGCCUGUCCGCUCCGCGACUAUACCCGCUUGCCCUCCAGCCCUGUGGCAGGCUACCCCUCUUUGGCUGUUACCCUUUUUCUCCACGAGUCUUAUGGGGAAGAGCGCAUCCUCCGGGUCCUGGACUUCCUACAGCGGCCGCCGUGGUACUACCACCACACAGAGAGUUGCCGGGGCCGAGCCGGGGGUAUCCACAUCGCUUCCGCUGCCUCCCCAACUGAUGCCUUGUUGCGACCCUACCUCCUCCCCAGCCGCGACUUCUAUAGCCUGGGUCAAGGCAUGCCUGUGUGGGGAGUGCGGCCAGUGCACUGUGGGAGUGAGACGCUGCGCGUGACUCUUCAUAGCCACUAUGACAACUUUGAGGAUGCUGUACGGCUCUACGAGACCGUGCUGCGACAGCAGGCUGAGGAGCAGAAGCCGGGGUUCUGUUGGUUCUCUCUGCCCACUGGGUUAGGACCUGAGUCGGAGUCCAGACUCUGCUUCCAGCUUGCUCUGAAGCAGCUCUCGCCUGGUGUUCGUGUGGAGCCCUGUGACUCGGCUGUGCUUCAGUUUCGUGUGGAGGAGAUCGGGCAGCUUGUGCCCUUGUUGCCUAAUCCCUGCACACCUAUCAGCGCAACCCGCUGGCAGACCUGUGAUCUGGACAACAACAAAAUCCUCUUCCAGGUGAAAGGACACCUGCAUCCCCUGCCACCCCCCACCUCUGCCUUCCCUGUGACCAUUUCCCACAGAGCCAAGCAGAGGAACACUGUCCUCCAUCCGUGUCAGGUUGAGUCUGUCCGCAGUAGGUCGUUAGCAGACCUGGGCCCAGAGAGGUGGUCCACAGGGCUGAAGGUAGGGGGUGGUGUAGAGGAGGGUGUGGGUCCAGACAGCUGCUGCAGCACUCCCCCUAGUAGCUCAUGUUACUCAUCUCAGCGAAGCAGCCCAGCCACAUUGUCCACCUACCUCUUACACACCCCACUGCUUGAGGAGCCUGAGACAAACGUGGACACAGGAUGCACUAUCGUGGCCCCCCAGAUGCGGCCUGCUACGGUGGGGGCUUCCACUCUGGACUCUCUGACUAAGGAGCUGCUCCCAUGCCUGCCAGACGUGGACUCGCCUGCACCGACCCACAGAACGAGCACAGCAGCCCGGUGGUACUGCAGCACUGGCACUGCCCUAAAUACUCAUGGUCCCAGAGAAGGUCAGGUCUCAGAUAUGACCCAAGAGGGACCAGCUGUGAAUCCGGCACUGUGCCUUACCAAGCCUAUGGAGGACAGCUUCCAGGAAGAGUUCUUCAUCUGACCACACAUGACUGUGACCAAUUAAUACUACUAAUAAAUGGUAAGGGCUCCUACUGAUGUGGUGAACAGCAGCUGUCAUGUGCCAGAAAUAUUACCAUGCAUCUGCUGAGGAGCAAAGACGGAGAGCGUGGUAGCAGGUGAUGACAAAUAGGUGAGUGGGAAAGGUGUCCUGCUGGUGCUGCUCCUCUUCACUCCCUCAGCAUGAAGAUGUUCGUGUAAAGGAAACUUGCUCUAAACACACGAGGACUUUGUGUAUCCUCCUGUUACUUUGUCAUACUAACACAGUAUGAAAAUGUUGGUUACCCUUUUUAGUAGAAGUAAAAUCACAGAAUGAGGUGUGACAGUGCGUGGCUCUCGGUGCACCGUACAGUGUAAUGGAUUGGAUUUUCUGCAGGAGAGAAUAUUUUUAAUUGUUUUUAAAGAUUUUGAUUUGUAAGCUACUUUUUAUUGUUGAUAUGGAGUUUCUUUUAUUUUAAAAGGAGAGAUUGUAUUAACACCAGUAAGCCUAAGUUUGCCAAACAAGUAUAACUGGAGGAAUUGUGAAACAUUUAAAAAAAAAAAAAAAAAAAUCUAAAAUAUAAACUGCACAAUUCCUAGUUUUCCUCAGAUUUAGUUGUCUGUAUGUACUGUGGAUUUGAAAGCUUGUCUGUCCAGUGGCCACAGUUGACAUGAUUAUGAAUGACUGGACAGCGGAGUUUUUGUAACGUUUCCUGCUCUAUUCGUGUAUAAACCUCGCAGCUGUCAGCCGGCUGCUCAUUUCCUGACAAGGCAGACAUAUCGAAGCUGUUAUGGAAGUGCAGACAGAAUCACUUACUCAGCAAGUUGUGCACAGGCAUGAGGCAGAUGUGACCUCAGUUGUAAAAUGAGUGGAAACUUCCUUAAGUUACACCUCUGUGUUAUUGCACAUGAAGCCACUUUGCAGAUUUCACACAUUUCUGUUGUCCACUUUGUUUUUAUACAAUUAACACCGAACUGUCUUUAUAGCAGCAUUUCAAAUUCUCUAGUCAUGUAAUAUACUGUCCCUUGAUAAAGUGUACAUUUUACCACAUGAGGCUGUUUAUCAAUUGUUACUGAC